CAAAGAUAUACGCGUAGCGACAACAAACUCAGAUUCAGUCUGCGCGCGCGCACAGACUCGAAACACGUGCGCUAAAAACACGCGAGUACAGAUCAUAAGUUUUAACGAACAGUUUUGUUUUGACGUCGCGGCUUAGUUGAAAGAAAAAUAUUCAAAAUGGAGCCGUUGCAAGUAGACGUCGUAUACUUUUACCCCAAGGAGAAUGCGCAGACACAUAAUACAGUCAAAUUCGAAGCAGUGAAUGAAGAGAAUCCGACCACCACCAUCGUCAGACGCGGCCAACCAUUCAACGGUGUGGUGCGAUUCACCAGGGACUAUGACGAGACAAAUGACAUGGUGCAGCUGCUCUUUACUCUUGGUGUGUAUUGCCUUGAUAUAAACGUGAAGCGAGGGCAUAUUAUCUACUCUUUAUUAAACUAAAGUUUUUUUACAGGUGACCGACCCACAAUGGACACUCAAGGGUCGAUAUUCUUAAGACGGGACGUUGUCCCUGAUAAACACAGUUGGAGUGCCAAGCUGAUAGAUGUGCAAGGAAAUACACUAUCAUUUGAGGUGAACACCCCAGUAGGACUGCCUGUUGGUUCGUGGGCGCUUCGCGUCGUCACCCGUCAAAAGAACUCCACAGCACGCGAGGUUUACGACUUCGAUCAAGACUUAUACAUACUCUUCAACCCCUGGAACCCUGAUGAUCAAACUUACAUGGAGGAUUGUACCCUCCUUCAAGAGUACGUGCUGAAUGACGUGGGCAAAGUGUGGGUUGGUCCAAUCAAGACCACACGAGGAAAGCCAUGGUUUUAUGGCCAGUUCGAUGGGGUCGUGCUGCCCGCUUGCAUGUUUAUGCUGGACAGAGCUGGCAUUCCGUUCCACCAACGAGGAGAUCCCGUCAAAAUGACUCGUGUCAUAUCACGUAUAGUGAAUUCUAAUGAUGACGCUGGUGUUCUGGUGGGGAGGUGGGAUGGCGAGUAUGAUGAUGGUACCGCACCCUCGGAAUGGACUGGUUCAGUGGAGAUCCUGGCGCAGUACCUGGAAACCCAACAAGAAGUGCCAUAUGGACAAUGUUGGGUGUUCGCUGGAGUUGUGACCACAGUUUGCCGAGCCCUCGGUAUCCCAUCACGAGUGGUGUCCAACCUUGUGUCAGCUCACGACGCGAACAGCUCACUCACCGUGGACAAGUAUUACACGGAGACAAUGGAGGAAAUGGACUAUGACCCUAACAACCCUCAAGGUGCUGACUCCAUCUGGAACUACCACGUAUGGAACGAUGUUUGGAUGGCAAGACCUGACCUACCUGCUGGUUACGGCGGUUGGCAAGCUAUAGACGCUACUCCACAAGAAACAUCAGCCGGCAUGUAUCAGUGUGGGCCUGCAUCCCUGGAGGCCAUCAAGCAAGGCGUCAUCGGAGUAGGGUAUGACGUUGAGUUCAUGCUUGCGUCAGUUAACGCCGAUUUGAUGAGAUGGCGGAAGGAUCCUGACGCGGAGUCUGGUUACUCCAUGGUUGAUACCAACAAUUUCCAUAUUGGCCGUAUGGUGUUGACGAAAAAGCCUUAUGUAUUUGAUCCACUAGGAGAUGAGGACAGAGAAGAUAUCACUUGUCAGUAUAAACAUAGAGAGGGGACUGCUUCCGAGAGACUAGCACUUAUGAAUGGCGUACGCUAUUCAGAAAGAGCAAAGAGAUAUUACGCAGUGGCAAACUCUUUGAAAACUGACAUCAAAUUCAACCUUCGUGACAUCGAUAAUGUCCUUAUCGGAAAAGAAUUCAGAAUCGUCGUGGAUAUUGAGAAUGAAUCGGAAGAGCCACGUAACGUCAAAGCGUCUUUAUCAGCCACCAGCGUGUUCUAUAAUGGUGUGAAGGCUGAUCUGGUGAAGAAAGUUGAAGGCAAGAUCUUCGUUGGACCUUCCAAAAAGGAACAAAUAAGUAUACUAGUCAGAUCAGAAGACUACCUGCCCAAGUUGGUGGAAUACUGCAACAUGAAGAUCUCAGCGAUGGCCAUCGUCGACGAGACCAAACAAUCAUGGGCCGAUGACGACGACUUCCAAAUUCUAAAGCCCAAUAUUACCAUCAAGUUCAACGAGGAUCUGAUCAUCGGGCAGCCGACGACGGCAGUGUUGUCGUUCCCCAACCCGCUGGAGCGCGCGCUGUCCGGUUGCGAGUUCCGUCUUACGUCGUCAGGCAUCGCCGGGCGUACGCUGCGGUUCCAGGUCGCCGAUGUACCGCCCCGUGGAGUCGUCACUGCUCAACUGCCAGUACAGCCUAAUAAAAUCGGCAAAAUCAACUUCGUUGCGACUUUCAAGUCUGUUGAACUCAAGGACAUCAAUGGAGCAGCCAGCGUUGAAGUAUUUGAAGGAUAAUGCACUUAUACACUCUAAUAUUUUCAUCACGAUUUGUUGCAGAUAUUGAUAACACAUGUAUCUUGUGUUAAUUAUAAGUAAGAAUACUUACAUACUUAGUUGGAUCUAUUGUUGUUACUCCAAAAGAUUCGAUUUAAUAUUGAUAGUUAUUAAGUGCUAUAAAAUGUUAUUUCAUUGAUAAAAUACAAACACCUAAGUACACGUUAAAUUAUGUUAAGUCUCUAUUUACAAGUAUUUAUGUAAGCUUUGAGAUUAUUUUCUAUGUUUACUUAUUAUUAUUAUUAAAAAGAAAACAUUUUUAUAAGUUUAUUUUAUUUUUGACAAACCGAUAAUA